UUGCGGAAGCGCGGAGUGGAAUGUUGGUUACACUGUUGUUGUUUUUGUAGUUUAGCGUUGUGUAGUUGGCGGCUCCGUUUCUCGGCUCGGCUGCGGGACACACGCUCGGAGCCCCCAGGUCCGCGACCGGCCACGGAGACGCGCGCCUGCUGCUGCUGGAUAAUAAAAAAACCCGGUGUUUGGGAGUGCGCGCUCCCGGCGAGGAAUUCCGCGCUCACGAGGCAUUUCUUAAGAGUUUCUGACCAGCUGCCUGUAUGCAGGGUAUGACGACUCAUUUCAAACCGAGCAAAGCUUUAAAGGUAAAGAAGGAGGCGGGUGAGAAUGCGCCAGCGCUCAGCGACGAUGAGCUGGUGGCCAUGUCGGUGCGGGAGCUGAACCAGCACCUGCGCGGCCUCACCAAGGAGGACAUGGUGCGGCUGAAGCAGCGGCGGCGCACGCUGAAGAACCGGGGCUACGCCGCCAGCUGCCGCAUCAAGCGCGUCACGCAGAAGGAGGAGCUGGAGAGGCAGAAGACGGAGCUGCAGCAUGAGGUAGACAAGCUGGCGAGAGAGAACGCCAGCAUGCGGCUGGAGCUGGACGCCCUGCGCGCCAAAUACGAGGCCCUGCAGUGCUUCGCCCGGACUGUGGCCCGUGGGCCGCUCUCGCCCGGCAAGGUGGCCGCCGCCGCCACCAGCGUCAUCACCAUAGUCAAGUCCAACAACCACAGCCCGGCAUCCCCGCCGUUCUCCGCCGCGUCGUAGAGGCGUCCGCCAGACCCACGACUGAGGAGGACCUCAGAGAUCGGACUCGAGGGGGUGGGGUGGGAGGAGGGAGGCUGACUCUUUGUGACUGUAGACUGUGUUGAAUCUUCUCACUAUUUCUCUCUCUCCCUCUCUCGUUCUCUCUCUCUCUCUCCCUCUCUUUGUUUCUAUGUCUCUCGUUCACACAUACACACCUUAACACACACACACACAUAAAAAAAAGGGUAUUUUCACACUAGAUGCCUUGCAUUUCACCAUGCAGGAGCAUGGUCACAUUACAAAAAAAAAAAAACAAUUAUGCAACCCUACACUCUGCACAGGGAGCAGAUAGAUUCCACACCAGCAUCGAACCAAUUGCACCAUUCUAAUAAGAGAAGAUUUGUAUCCAUGCAGGCCAGAGCGAUUUUCACGAGCAUUUACACACCAUUUUAUCACCAUGCUGUCUGUACCCGCAUUCACAAAGCUCCACAAAGCCGAGCUUAUUACAGUACCCUUGCUCUAAUCCAAUCACAGUGUGGCUUUAUUAGGAUAUACUGAUGGAAAAAGAAGUAACAUGAUAAGUCAGACACAGUCAGACAUAGUCAGCAGCAGCCACAUUUAAAAAAUGAACCAAUCACGCAACCCUACACUCUGCAAAGGGAGCAGACAGCUUCCAAACAUGCAGCAAACCAAUUGCACCAUUCUGAUAAGAGAAGAUUUGUGUCCAUGCAGACCAAAGCAAGACAAGCAUUUAUCACCAUGCUAAGCUUAUUGCAGUACCCUCUAGUCCAAUCAAAGUGUGGCUUUAUUAGGAUAUACUGAUAGAACGGGGAGUAACAUGAUGAAUCAGACACAGUCAGCAGCAGUCACAUUACAAAAAGAACCAAUCCCGCAACCCUACACUCUGCACAGGGAGCGGAUAGCUAUCAAACCUGAGUUUGAGAGUCCUCUUGAAUUGAACCGACAGACCACCGGUUUCAGGAGGACCAAAGAUAAAAAAAAAAAAUGGCUAGUGUGAAAAUGCCCUAAGACACAAACACACAAAAAAACACACACACACACACAAACACGAAAGCACACACCUUUCUACGUCGUCCGUGCACUGUGCUCUAAACACCUCCGGCACCGGCAGGGCAUGCUGGCAUCUUCGUUCUCGCUCCGCCCAGACUGAGACUUAGCAGAGACGAGACUUGCUGAAAGUGGGAUUAUUAUAAGUACUUGAUUGAACCUGCCAUGGCAGUCUGUGAUAGCUCUGAUGCCUGUGGUAUCUUAACGUUUUACAUCAGAGAGUAACUUUAUAUAGAUAUAGAUAUAUAUAUAUUAUCAUUAUAGAUCAUUGACUAUUCUAUAUUCUUGUUAUAUUAUAUUAUGCGUAUGUUUUUUCUACGUCUUCUGUUGCUCUGUCUGCAACAGCUUAAUAAGCACAAACUCUAUCAGCUAGCUUUUCAUUUGAACUUUUAUAUACCGGCAGCCUCGUACAGAGACGAAACACGGUUUCAGCACUGAGAUUAGGUCCCGUAAUCUCCUUCUUUAAUACUUAAGGGACAUAAGAAACUGUUCAUGAACUGGUGAAGAGUAGAAACUACAGCAGCAGGGGAGUUUUAGAUGCCUUCUAGCCACCUUAAAGGACACGUCCUUUACUUUACCCAGUUUACACAACUGAGUCAACAAAGCCUAGUAGCUUUUUUUAAGGCCGUCGCAUUACGGGUGCACUGUGCAGCAGUAAAAUUCACAUCCAUUGAUUUUAAUGGAAGUGGGGCAAGAAAAGACAAGAUAAGACAACCAUUCAUCCAUGUUUACCAUAUUUGUGUUGGACAAAGACAUACCAAAACAUAAAAGUUGCAAAGUACUGUUUUGAAUAAUUAAUUAUUCAGUCUUUUAACUUAUUUGACCAAACCCUGCAAGUACUUUUUUGCCAAUUCUAAACGAAUAUUAUCAUUUGCUAAAUAUUUGAAGUACCGAAUUUUUGGACUAUAAGGUCCACUGAAUUAUAAGGCGCGUUAAGCGACACUAGCAAGGAUGCCUACAUAGAAGUGAGCAAGGGUGUCGCCAUGUUUCCCUUCUAAUGGGGAAGCGUCUAAGUGAACAAAACUGUAUUUUUUUACUUUUAAACUCAAACGAGCGCUGGUUUAUCUACAGUUAAUCUACACAGAUUUCUCUCCUAAAAAAAACUGUUUAUUUGGGUGAGUCAAGCGCUUCCUUUUAUUUACAGUAAGCUUAGAUUUCCAAUAUUUUGUCCAAGGGUGAGUGCUAGCCGCGGAUAGCAAGCGCUUAGCUAGCUGUGGUUAGCACAAGUAAAUGAAUAGACAGGAUACUUUGAGUGAUAUUUGAUGCAGACUACAGUCCAAUAUGCUCACCUCUAAACAGCGAAAGAGGUGAGUGACAGAGCUAGUGCUGUGGUUAGUGGCUAAUGCUAAUGCUGCUGCUCCCAGCCCUAGUGCUGGAGAAACUUCACUGAAAACUCACCCUUAUAACGCUCUAGCUACUUCAGCGGAGUGGCUUUAAAUGCACUUUAUAGUCCGAAAAAUACGUACUUUAUAUAAAGUAAAGGACUUAACUCCUAACUUGUUCACGUGUUCAUGAAAAGUCUUCACAGCCUUUCACCAUAACAUGUUGUUUGAUUACUUUACAAAAAUACUACCUUUAAUAUAAUCGAAUGGUUAGACAUAAUGGUGUUCGCACUUUGGCGUGCUUCAUGGCACGGUGCAUCCGGCGUGCGACGGCCUUUGCUCAGCAAUUUCAACAGGAACUUUUUUGAAUAGCACUUACUUUUAAAUAGCUGUUUAUUAACAACAGUUCAAUACUACAGAAGCACUUGUUGAGAUAAAUAAAGACAUAGGACAAAUAAUGUUGUGUGCAUUGCAAUAUUUUGAGCAGAACUGUGCUCUUACCCUGCUAAUUGAACCUUCACACUCUGCUCUUACUGGUGCAAUGUGCAAUUAACCCAUGAAACCUCCCACACUAAAAUGACAACAGGUCUUUGAGUCUCAUUGUCCAACCCCUGUAAGUCAUACUGAGGACUGCAGCCCAGGCUAUGGAACAAACGCAGCUCCCAAUAAGACUAACCCUUCAUCCAGUGUUAUCCACCGAUAGCAAGAGUUCAAGGGUACAUUGAGUUCAGAUAUCUUGAAUAAAAGAUACGCCUUUCCCAGUUUUUCCUCACCAGCGCCAUAAUGAAUGGUAGGUAAUCCAUAUUGGAUAUAGAGAUUAUGGAAGCUGCCUUGGCAAAGUAAUGCAAGUCCAUUAUUACCUGUAUAUUACAGAACCUAAGCUACGGCCUCACGAAUGAGAAAACACCAUCCGACAACAGUUUCACAAUUUCUGAGAAUUCCGUCCGUUUAGAAAGCAUUCCUACUGCUACGUCACGAGAGCUGGCACUGCCGGUGUUGGGAACCCCCCGAUUAAAUGUUUAUAAUCACCAAUAAAUACUUUGAAAUUUCGACGCAGACUCUUGGGUGAAGACAAUCCUGACCGUCCUGACUUGACUUGAGCUGAGGCGUUUCUUUUAAUCACGUCCAAAAAAAAAAAAAAAGCUGAUUUAAAACAUUUGUAUUAGUUUUAGACUCCGUUUACACCUGUUCACAUCAUGUGAAUUGUAUCUGGAUCUGAUAAGACUGAAGCCGCAUGCAUUUACAACUUGUAGUUAAAUGCGUCUCUAUUCAAUCAGACUGAAAAGAUUUGUAUUCGAUUUAAAUGAUCAUCUUAAGACAAGACACAUGAAGUGACCAGAUGUGAACAGGGUCUUAUGUUACGUUAUGUUCACACAGCAGGUGAAGAGGCCUAAAUCUGAUUUUUUUUACAUUUAAUUUUUUUUUUACCAAAUCCAAUGUUCAGUCCUAAACUUCUAAACCGACAAAGAACGUCCAAAAAAUAAGCUGAUUUAAAAGCUUUUGUUUUGUGACUAUUAUUAGUUUUAGACUCUGUUUACACCUGUUCACAUCAUGUGAUAAGAAUCUGGAUUUGAUAAGACUGAAGCCAAAUGCAUUUACACAUUGUAAUCAAAUGCGUCUCCAGUUAGUCAGACUGAAAAGUGAUGAAUUAUGUAAAUUUGCUCAUUGCACAGCAAACCUUUACUUUAAGGAGUUUCAGUGUGCACUGCAUCUUGGAGAGACGGAUGCGUUUACACUGUUAGAAGUGGUUUGAGUGAUCAGAUUUGUAUCCGUUUUAAAUGAUCUUCUUUAACCCCUUAAACUGUCUUGUCCUGUAUACAGGCUGCAGGUGUAGGUGAUACAAAACCCUUUUUGUCUGCAGUAAAAUAACUUUAUUUACAUACUGUAAUUUUGAGGGCUUUCUUUUAAAUCUCCUACAGGAAACUUGGAGAAGCUGCCUGUUCACUUUCUCUCUACUCCACUUAAUAAUCUGCAUGCCUAAAAAACUAGACAAAAACAUUACGAAACUAAAAGUUUGUAGAACAUAAACUGUUUGAUUUGUAUUCAGGAAAAUACUGAUUUUAAAAUGAAGUUCAGGAAAAUUUUAUGCCAAUUUUAUGAUUUUAUUCAUUAUAUUUUGACAAUAUUUUUAUAUACUUCCGUUACAAUUACAAUUAUGCUUUUUAGUAAUGUUCCUUAUCAAACAUGAAAGCUUUUUAUGUAAUGCUUGAAUAGAAAUCCUCAUAAUUUGGCUUGUUUUAAGACAAUACACAUGAAGUGACCAGGUGUAAACAGGGUUUUAUGUUAUGUUCAAACAGCAGGUAAAGUGACCUAAAUCUGAUAAUAAAAGAUCUAAAUCAUUUUUUUAAUUUUUAAUUUUUUUUACACCAAAUCCUUUGAGCAGAGCUUCACAUGAAGUUUCAGUUUCAUCUUCUCAAUUAUCGCAGGAGCUUCAGUGACUGACAGCUGGGCUCAUCACUGAGAAUGCCUUUUCAGCUCACUGUAAAACUGACACAUUGUUUGCCAUUUUACUAUAAUCAACUACUAAUAAUCUAAUUUAAAUUAUAUUUUAAGCUGAACAUAUUCAUAUUUAUACUCUUGAAGCUGCAGCCAUGUCCAGACAUUUCUUAAAGGAAAUGCUGAACUAUUGUCAAAUGAUGUGCCUUUUCUCAUUUAAUUCAUUAUCCUACCACUUUUACUUACCACCUUAAACCCUUAUUACUUGCUGGUUUCCUCCACAAAUUCUAGGUUUUACCUGCUGUUUAAACGUAGCUUUUGUAGAAAUGUAAUACUUGUGGUCAGGAUUGUCUUUUACCCAAGUGGCUAUGACUGUUCCUUCUCCUCCAGUACUCGGUAGUGUAGAGCGCUGGGGGACGACUGUGCUGCUGUGUAGCUCGCUGCUAGCCUAGCCUAGCCUAGCCUGGGCUCGGUGGGCUACUGCUGUGCUUUUAGCAUACUUUUGUUUUAUUUUAAUUUUAAUUUUUUGUAUAUCCUUUCACGUUGUUUUAUACAUGUCCUUCUUACGUGUCCGUUUGUAGUUUUCUAUUGUUUGUGUGCGACUUUAUCUCUGUGUUUUACACGGUUUUAGGGCAUGACGUACAUAUCUUGGGAGUAGUGACCUUGUGAUGAGUCUGUUUCAGCUCAGUUUUACUCAAAGAUUUCUUUUUCAACUAUGUAAUCAGCUAUCAGAGUCUGAUUGAGAUGAUUCGCCAUUUUGCUUAUUUGAUUAAUUCAUCAAUUAAUCAGUCAGUCCGUCAGUCAGUCAGUUUGUCAGCUCCGCUGGUUAGCAGUGUUCAUGGUGAACCAGUGCUAUUUUUGUUGGCUCACACAGAUGCUAAUGUUGCUAAUAUUGUGGUAAUAUUGUCGUAUGGAUUGUAAAAGCAUAUGUGUAAUAUAUCAGUAUUCACAGGGUUGUACGUCUGGCUUGGUCGUGAUUGGUUAUUGGUUAUAAACUGACUAUAUUUCAAUGGAUUUUAGACAGUAUGUGUGUGUGUGUGUGUGUGUGUGUGUG